GGUCUCUUUCUGGUUUGGAAGGCGUCUUGUCGUCAGCCUCGGCUCCAUUGAUCUCCUGAAACAACAUAUUAACCCCAACCGGUUGUAGGACUGAAAAUGUAACCCUGGAGAUAUUUUCAAGACAAGGAGAAAGGAAGAAGUCUGAAAGUGCUGGCAGAACAGAGCUCUCUCCAGAGACAGUUUGUGCCUUGUGGAGUCACUGGCCUCCUGCAGCUGUGGAGAAAUGGCCAUUUCCCAAAUGGUGCAGAGCCAGCCCUCAGCAGAGGGCAGCCUGGGUGCUGCAGUCCUGAGAGCACAGCAGUGAGUGUAUCACUUGUGUGGGACUGCCAGUUUGGACUAAGGACAAGGGGAGGAAAAAACGGAGCCUGUGGCUGAUCCAGCAGCUUGCUCUCAUGUGCACCAGGAAUACUUUGCAGUUCCAGCAGGUGUUGGUGUUAAGCAUCCUCCAGCCUCUCUAGAUGCCUCUGCUUUCUGGAUUUGCUAUGUGGGCUUUACCACCUGCCAUCUGUCUUUUUGGCUACCCAGUGUUGUGCCAAGCUCUGCCAAGGCCAGUCGGCAGGGAACUAUGGCAUGAAUAGCAGCAGCCAGUCCAUGACAAAGUACCUUGGAGGAGGAAUUGUCAGCAGCAGCUAGAGUCACAUAACAGCCUGCUCCACGUGGAGAGCCACAGUGGAUCCCUUUGAGACAAUGCUGAAGUCCCUCUUGAGAUACCAGUCCAGCCUGAAUGGGGAUACAGGAGAGAGCCACAUGAGGAGAAAGCUGUAUGAAAACGGUGUGACCAAGUCCUUGCAAAGUAACAUUGCUCUCAUCCAGAAGCUGUCAGAAGAGCUGCUAGCCAAAUGGCUCUCCCUUCCCGAGUCACAACAUGUGCCACUCUGCCAGCACAUGCUGGGCUUUGCCAUGAAGUCUGUCACGCAGACAGCUAUGGGCAGCAGCUUUGAAGAUGACCGGGAAGUCAUCCGAUUCCGCAGGCACCAUGAUGCAAUCUGGUCAGAGAUUGGGAAAGGUUUCUUGGAUGGGUCUCUUGACAAAAACAUGACUAGGAAGAAGCACUAUGAAGAUGCUCUGGUGGAGAUGGAAUCCGUCUUAAGGAAAGUUACAAAAGAGCGCCGAGGCAGAUCAUUCAACAAGCAUGUCUUUGUAGACAUCUUGCUGCAAGGGAGCCUGAGUGACCAGCAGAUUCUGGAAGAUACAAUGAUUUUCACCCUGGCAGGAUGCAUUAUCACUGCUAACUUGUGUACCUGGGCAGUCUAUUUCCUGACAACCUCAGAAGAUGUCCAGCAGAAUCUCUACAAGGAAGUGGACCGCAUUCUGGGGAAGGGACCAAUUACACUUGAGAAAAUUGAGCAGCUCAGAUACUGUCGGCAAGUCCUGUGUGAGACAGUGCGAACAGCAAAGCUGACUCCCAUUGCUGCACAGCUGCAGGAGCUGGAGGGCAGAGUCGACCAACACACUAUCCCCAAAGAGACACUUGUGCUUUAUGCUCUUGGUGUGAUGCUGCAGGAUAGUUCAUCUUGGCCAUCACCAUACAAGUUUGACCCAGAGAGAUUCAAUGAGGAAUCAGCCAUGAAAAACCUGUCCUUGUUGGGUUUUUCAGGAAGCCAGGAGUGCCCGGAGCUGAGGUUUGCCUAUCUAGUGACUACAGUCCUGCUGAGUGUGCUGGUAAGGAAACUGUAUCUCCACCCAGUGAAAGGACAAGUCAUGGAGACAAAAUAUGAACUGGUAACCUCACCAAAGGAGGAAGCCUGGAUAACGGUGUCCAAGAGAAGCUAAGAGGAAACAAAAGAAGGGUUUGAAAGUGCCAGUAGUGAAGUUCUGAGCAAGGGUCUUAAGGAGAAUCGUGCUGGCACCAUGUUGACUCAGCCAAGGAAUUUUACAUCCAGGUUUUUUUACCUUCCACAUUCUUAAGCACAUGCCUAUCUUGGGUACUUUUUCUAACUCAACCAGUAGUCAUAUUAAAGUAGAUUUAAUCUGUA